UGCGAAUGCAAUCUUCUCAGUUUGUUUUCAACGUUCAAUUUGAGCAGUUAAUUCAUCAGGUCAUUGAAAAGAUAUCAACAUAAAAUUAAGUGAAGUGUUAUUUUGAACUGACAUUGUAAAUUCCUUUAGUACACUCAUACACUUAUACAUACAUAUAUAUCGUUCAAAAUGCAAGGAAAACCAAUCCAAAUUAUAAGCAUUGGCAAUGAAGAUGAUACGUCUGGUUCACGUUGCAUUCUGGAAUUAAAUGAAGCUGAAUUAAUUCCUUUGUUAAUGGAUGAAAAAGUGAAAGAUCGAGAUGUGUGUGUAAUUUCGGUAGCAGGAGCUUUUCGAAAAGGGAAAAGCUUUCUUCUUGAUUUCUUUUUACGAUACAUGUAUGCCCGUUACGUUGAUGGUAAUGUGAGUGAUAAUGAUUGGCUCGGUGGCGAUGAGGAACCUCUGAAAGGAUUUUCGUGGCGAGGCGGUUCGAAACGCGACACAACUGGGAUUUUAUUGUGGUCUGACAUCUUCCUAUACGACUAUCCUACUGGAGAAAAAGUAGCCAUAAUUUUAAUGGACACACAGGGCACUUUCGAUUGCGAGAGUACUAUGAAGGAUUGUGCCAAUGUUUUUGCAUUAAGCACAAUGAUAUCUUCAGUUCAGAUAUUCAACAUUCAAUCGAAUAUACAAAAAGACGAUCUACAACAUUUACAGCUAUUCACCGAGUACGCACGAAUAGCAAUGGAAGAUACGGGAAAGAAACCUUUUCAAAAGUUACAAUUUUUAAUACGCGAUUGGCCCAAUGAAUUUGAGACCCCAUACGGUGCUAUCGGUGGUAAACUUUUACUUGAAACAAUUUUAAAUUCCAAAGAAAAGAGGCACGAGGAGAAUGAACAACUUUGUGAGAAUUUGAAAACUAGUUUCGACGAAAUUAACUGCUAUUUAAUGCCACAUCCUGGUUUAACUGUUCAAAAGCCCGAUUUUCAGGGUUGUUUAAAAGACCUGCAAGACGAUUUUAAGAAACAUUUACUCGACCUGAUUCCCUUAAUUUUGGCACCGGAAAAUUUAAUUAUCAAAGAAAUAAACGGAGAGAAACUUAAAGUCGCUCAUCUUCUAGAGUACAUACAGUUAUAUUUUGAAUCAUUCAACAGCAAAGACUUCCCAGAGCCUACGACAAUUUUUAAGGCUACUGCAGAGGCCAACAAUCAAAUUCACGCCACAAACGCUGAAGAAUUAUAUAACAUAAAAAUGAAGCAAUUAACUGCUCCAGAUCAACCAUAUAUUGAUGAAGCCGAACUGAAGAAAAAGCAUGAGGAAUAUAUGUCUCAAUCGAUUUCGGAUUUUGAAAAUAAGCCCAUAAUGGGUAGAGCAAAGUUUAUCCAGAAAUAUUACAAUAAAAUAAAGAACUAUGCCUCGUCGCAUUUUACACAAUUCGCCAAGAUCAACGAAGCUAAAUUGGCUCUUGCUGAACUAAAUUAUUUGAACGAUAAGAAUAGUUGUAUUAGAAGUUUUGAGAAGGCUAUGGAUGAUUUCUUUAUUGGGGAGGCAUAUACUCCUCUAGAUGAGUUCAAGAAGAUCAUGGAAAAUGUCAAAUCAAAAAUUCUUCAAAAGUUUGAUUCGAAACGAACAAAUAGUACAGAGAAAAUACAUACACGGAUUCGUAAAGAACUGGUAGAGGAUCUCGAUAAACUUUACACCAAAUACAAUCACCAAAAUGAAAUGAAGUUGGCUUCUAUCAAAUCUUACAUUAAUAUGGAGUGUGCGGAAGCAAAGAAAUUAUACGAUAAACUCAUGAACAAUUCGGAACAAUCCAUUGAAGCCUUGACUAAGGCACAUGCAGGCGCAAAGAAGCAAGCUUUGGAAAUGUUUCGCAAAGUACCGCAUGUUGGUGCAGAAGAUUUUUUUAAGGAUUGUGAAAAUCAGCUAAUUGAAAAAACUGACAAAAAGUUUAAUUCUAUUAAAGAGUGCAUCGUAAAUAAGCAGCAAUAUUUACAACUACAAUUCUCACAGUUGAAAAUGAAUUAUGAAAACCUAAUGAAGGAGGUUUGUAAAAAAGUAUUAACAAAUGAUAAUCUAUUAUCUAAACACGAAGAGUUCAAGGGGAAAGUUCUUGAAGAGUUUGAUGACUUAACAAAUAAUGGCAAAUCGGUAAAUUAUAUGGUUGAAAGACGUCAAAAACUUGAUGAAGAUAUUGAAGAGAUUUUCGAUUAUUAUAAAUCAAAAAAUGACAAGAGUUUGAAUGAGUUCGUACAAAAAUGCAUUUCUACGAAGAGACAAGCGAAAAAUGUACUAAUGGAACCUCUUGAAAACCUCAGCAUGUUUGAUUCAGUUGAUGACGUUAACAGCACUUACAAUAGAGCUUUCAAUGAGGCGCUUGACUUGUAUAUGGAAUUACAAGACUUAAUAUCUUUUAACCAAGAAACAUUUGAUGAAUAUCUGUCGGAAUUGAGAGAGGAAUUUGAAGCAGAGCUCCAAAUGUUCACACGCAGAGCAGAGGUCGGGGAAAGAGUAAAAAAUGCAGCCAAAACUGUACUUCUAACAGUGGUUAUUGUUGGUUUUGUUGCUAUAUUUAAAGUUCCUCCUCCAAUAUAGAUUUGAAAAAGAAGUUGAAAGAUAUAUUACCUGCAUAUGCAUUUAUAUACUAUUGUACAUUUUUUUCCAUUGAAAUAAAGCAUUUUUCUAAACUUUA